UUUCGCAUUUCAAAGUUGUCAUGUCAUGUCAGAAUUGCACUGAAAUAUUUUAAAUACGUAAAAAUACACGUACCGGUGGUUACAUAACUAUCAUAUACUUUAAUUUAUAUUUUUCUUCAAAAUUAUUAAAUUAUGGUAAGAUUUUUAAAUAAACAUAUUCCCGUGUAGGUAUUGUAUACGUAGCGGCUUUGUGUCCAGUAAUGAUCUGUCAAUUUCAAUUUAAGGAAGACGAAAUCGAAGAUCUCGUGGGUGACGUGAAGUACACAGACUCUCAGAAAAGCGUAACCACCUCAAACGUGUAUUCACUGGACUUCACGGACAGUAGCUCGGACAAAACAGACAAACACAACUCCUCGGGGAAGGAGACUUACGUCAUCGACUGCGACAGCGACGACAGCGAGAAAACCUUCCCGCUUUUGAACUUUAAACCUACAAGAACAAGUAUCAUCCCCUCUACUCAAAUCAAACAUGUUGAACAAACUUUAAAUACUUCACCCCAAAUCAAACAUGACUCCUAUGCUCAAUACGAUUCAGUUAUAAAUAUAAAUAAAGGAACUGCACCGAGCUUUCAUUCGUGUUCUUACGUAGCCCAGGAAACUUUCACACAGACUAGUAAAACGAUCAUAGAGCUAGCGGCCCUUGACAAUACGCUGAAAAGUAGCACCCACAAAACUCUUGAAACACAAACCUCGUUUUUAUCAAUAACUGAAAAUAGGACGUUUGAAUAUAAAAUAGAACUAGCUGAAAGACGCAAUGACUUUAAUCACAAUGCACAGUUUAACACCGAACAAAUUUCUACUCAAGAUUAUUACAAAAUCACAGGCAACCCACUAUUAAAUAAUUCACUAGACGAUGGUUCUUCAAAGUUUCCAAUCUCGCAAACGGAAAGUACAAAAACUGAUGACAAAAGUGAAAGCAGUUCAAACAGUGAAAUGUUAAACAUUAUUAACGAUGAUUCAGCUGAAUGCUUUUCCUCCGACGAACGCACUGAAAGUAAAAUAUUUAAGGACUCCCCAGAUUUAGAUUUAAAUUCUGAUUCUGAAGAAGACUCUAUUGAAGACGAUUCUUUAAUGGAUAAAUAUGAGCGAAGGCACGAGGACCGUGACAGUAUUAGCGAUGUCACUUCUUUGUGUAACGAUGUUGAUGAUCUUUAUAAAAAACUGUCUCAAACUGUAGAUCGUUCACCUGAUAGAACGUGUAAUUCAAAUUCUAUGGAUCUCGUGCGCCCUACAGGAUUAUUGUCUCCGCUAACUGAAGAGUCUACGAAAAAAACGAGCAGCGUAUUACUAGAUGUAACACCGAACGAUUCUAUAGUUCCUGACAAGAAACGCGAAGUGUUGUACAAAGAACCCGAGACAGGUGACUUCAAAUUACCUCCUAUCAUAAAUACAUUGGAUGCAGAUUGUCCACAUAUAAAAUAUACUCUGACAAUCAAUCCUUCGCUAGCUAACAAAGUUGCAGCAUUGAAAUGUCUUUAUGAAGGUCAGGAUCGAUGGGAAAUUACAUCUAAAGAACUGGCAGCAGGAGAAAGCAUGCUGAUAAAUGGCAGAGAUGUUGAAAUCGAAGAGAAAGAAAUGGAGGACACGAUACACCUUCCGCCGAUAGAAGGACAAUUUAGGAAUACCAUUCACAACACGUCGGAGACGAGCUUAGUAACGUGCAAGAACGAUCAGUCCAUUACUAACUCCACGGCCUCUAUCAGCAUUAAAAAGAGAAUAAAGGAGUUGAAGAUGAGCAACAACGAAGGUUCUCCGAUUAGAAGCAACAAGAGCAGAAGUGGGUCGCCGGGCAGCGUGUCCCCCAACGAGAGUAGACUGGGGGACUUGGCCGACCGCGGCAGUGAGACGCUGUGCGUGGAGCUGCUAAGGAGGCUCCGGUCUUCAUCUUGGAUGGAAGCUGCGGAAACUCUGAAAGAGAUACCGACGGUGCUCGAGAAGUAUUGGGGAGUUAUCUCGGAGACUCGGAUAGCGGACCUAAUCAGACAAGUGAAUUCCCUCGUGGAGUCCCCCCGCACCCAGGUGUCCCGCCUCGCCUGCACCACGCUCGCCGCGCUCAUCAAGAACACAAACUACACCAAGAAACCGGACUUCUACGAAGCAGUGACCACUCUGCUCAUCAAGACGGGCAGCUUCAGCCGGCCCGUGCGCACGGCCGCCAACCUGGCGCUGGACGAGAUCGUGAGCGACCUCGACCUCACUCACUGCGUCACCGCGCUCUGCUUGCACGGCGCCGGGCACAAGAGCGGGCUGGUGCGCGGCGCGGCGGCGCGGCUGCUGGUGGUGGGCUGCGCGCUGGCGGAGGGCGGGCGGGGACUGCUGCGCGCGCGCCCGCCCUCCGCCGCCACCGCGCGCCGCCUCGCGCUCUCCUCGCUCGCCGCGCUGCUCACCGACAAGAACACCGAAGUCAGAAAAUACGCGGAACGCCUCUACACGAUGCUGCGUCCCCUGACCAACUUCGAGGCCUACUACCUGACGGACGUGGACGUGGAGGUAGCCACCAGGCAGAUGAAGAAGUACGACCAGGUCCUCUGCGCCAAGCAGUCCAGAUGAUGUCAUACAAUGGUCUAGAAACUAUGGAUCUUGUGUCAAUCAUGAUGUUGUGACAUGGCGUUGCCGUCAGAAUGUGUAAGCGGUAAAAGAGAUUUAUAAAGAAAUUUUAUUUAAAAUCUGUAGUAUCAUCUCCGGCAAUUUUAAAGUUUUAUAUCAAGUAUUCGAUUCGUAGAAGCCAUUUUGAUACAAUUAUAGAAUUAUGAAAGUUUCAUGAAAAGAAAUCAAAAUUUAGUUUAUUUUUCUAAUUAAAUGGCGCUAAGGAAACUGAUAAAAUAGUUCACUCAACUAAAUACGAUAGAAAAUAAUUUUCCCACGGACCGCCAAAAUGUGACGCAUAAGACGGUGCCACGCAUAUGUUUUAUCGCCUAAAUCCGACCGCAACGCUUUUCGUUUCAUAUUUAUUUAUGUAUAAUAGUUUAUUUGAACUAUUUAUUUAUCUUUCCCGAGUCUACUGAUGGGGAGUCAACGUAUUUGGAGUCUUUUAGUGCUUUUCUGACGAAAACAAAAUACUUAGCGAAAACUGAUGCUGAUAACAUUGAUCGUUUAAAAAUACAUUAUCGCCCCUUUGUUUAAGAUAGAUUUGUACUGAAUCGACUUGUUAUUUUUUUUUAUCUAUAAUUUAUAUAAUAGCGUCAGUAAUAAUAAACGAAUAUGUUUGGAACUUGUUGUGUAAACAAUACUAUGUGUGUGGUAUAUACUGUGCAAUCGGUGACUCGAGUGGGCCCUUCUCUUACACGCAAAGGUCGCCAAUCUAAUCUCAUUUAUGCCCGUAAUAGUGAAUUUAAACAGUCUAGUCUAUUUUCAUUUGUUUUGUCCUUAGGUGUAUACCUAAACAUGUUAUAAAUAUUUUUGACUAAUUUCAAGUUUCUGUAUGAGUCUGUUAGGCAAUGGCGUGCCAGACUCGGGCCCCUGUCUCUAUGCCGAAAGUAAUUGUAAAGUUGUGAAGCGUGUAAAUGAAAACAGAGCCGAUAUUGAUAAUACAGCCUGUAGAUAAUUA